AUGGCCCCUAGGGGGGUCAAAUAUAACGUUAUUCAGUACCGGCCCCCAGGGGUCAAAUAUAACGUUAUUCAGUACCGGCCCCCAGGGGUCAAAUAUAACGUUAUUCAGUACCGGCCCCCAGGGGUCAAAUAUAACGUUAUUCAGUACCGGCCCCCAGGGGUCAAAUAUAACGUUAUUCAGUACCGGCCCCCAGGGGUCAAAUAUAACGUUAUUCAGUACCGGCCCCCAGGGGUCAAAUAUAAUGUUAUUCAGUACCGGCCCCCAGGGGUCAAAUAUAACGUUAUUCAGUACCGGCCCCCAGGGGUCAAAUAUAACGUUAUUCAGUACCGGCCCCCAGGGGUCAAAUAUAACGUUAUUCAGUACCGGCCCCCAGGGGUCAAAUAUAACGUUAUUCAGUACCGACCCACAGGGGUCAAAUAUAACGUUAUUCAGUACCGGCCCCCAGGGGUCAAAUAUAACGUCAUUCAGUACCGGCCCCCAGGGGUCAAAUAUAACGUUAUUCAGUACCGGCCCCCAGGGGUCAAAUAUAACGUUAUUCAGUACCGGCCCCCAGGGGUCAAAUAUAACGUUAUUCAGUACCGGCCCCCAGGGGUCAAAUAUAACGUUAUUCAGUACCGGCCCCCAGGGGUCAAAUAUAACGGUAUUCAGUACCGGCCCCCAGGGGACAAAUAUAACGUUAUUCAGUACCGACCCCCAGGGGUCAAAUAUAACGUUAUUCAGUACCGGCCCCCAGGGGUCAAAUAUAACGUUAUUCAGUACCAGGGGUCAAAUAUAACGUUAUUCAGUACCAGGGGUCAAAUGUAA